AUGAUUAGUUCAAGUCUUCGUUGUGUGCAAUACGGUAGCAAUGUAGAUAAGUUUUUGUUUACAGUUGUGAAGUUACGUAAUAAUGUUAGUUUGGCAACAGCUGGUCUGGUCCGCCGUAGUAGUAGUAUUGUAAACAGUGACCUCCAACGACAUCACCAUAGGCCUAAUCAACAUUUAGUAUCGCGGUUCAGUAGCACAAUGUCAAGUUCGCAAGAGUUCCGUAUAGCAGACUAUGAUAUCAUAGGCUUCGAUCUGGACGGUACCCUUCUCAGGUACAACCUGAAUACCAUGGUGCCCCUGGUAUACGAGUUGCUGGUUAAGUAUUUAGUUGAGGAAAGAGGCUACCCACGUGUCAUGCUUGAAAAGCCAUUUAACAGUGAUUACAUGCAAAAAGGUUUGAUUGUGGACGCUGAACGUGGAAAUAUACUGAAAUUGAGUGCCGAUGGUGUGAUUUUAAAAGCUGCCCAUGGUACGCGUUUUCUACAAGACUCGGAAAUAGAAGCCAUCUAUGGAAAGGCGAGAACAUGGAGUACAGCCAUUGAAUACAUCGAUGAUCCUUUGUCGGCAUGGAAUGGCCCCGUAUCAGAAAAAUUAAGAAGUUUAUUGGACUAUUUUGAUCUUGCAGCAUCUUUGGUUUUUGGUCAUGCCGUUGACGCUAUUGACGAGGUAUCACAGGCCAAUGAAAAUAUUCUAGAAAAGAAUAAUUAUAAAAUUUGGCCAGACCUGUUAUCGGGUUUAAUAAAAAUCUAUACAAGGGAACAUUUCGCCAAUGGAGAAAGCCCGUACUUUAAAGCUUUAAAAGCCCAGCCAGAAAAAUAUAUUAUGAAAACUGACCGUAGCGUACUUAAUUUGUUGCGUGACCUUAAAUCUUCAGGCAAGGCUUUGUAUUUAUUGACUGGUUCUAAUAUAGAUUUUGCAAAUUUAACUGCCACCUACGCCUUGGGGCCCGACUGGAAAAGUCUUUUUAAUGUGGUUGUUUCGUUUGGCAAAAAACCAGGAUUCUUCUUUAUGCAGCGACAAUUUUUGCAGGUAAAGAAUUUAAUGGAAGUAGAGGGCAGUGAAAUAUCUCUGCAGGAUACACUUACAACAGACGGUUCGUGCUUUAGUCAGGGAAAUUGGCAACAAUUGAAAGCUAGUCUAAGCAAAAACGUUAUUGGAAAAGACGAUCAGCAGACUCGUUGUCUCUAUGUGGGUGAUAAUUUAAUACAAGACGUGUAUGCACCAUUUACCAAAGCAUCUAUGGAUACAAUAGCACUGAGUGAAGAACUUCUAGAAAAUGACGAUAACUAUGAAUAUAAAAAUAUUGUACAUUCCACCAUGUGGGGUUCAUAUUUUAGCGUAAAUGGUACGGCAACUUUGUGGUCAAAGAAUAUAGAGAAAUAUUCUAGAUUGUGCGUUUCGACUAUGGAUGUCGUUGCUGGCGUACCUGUUACCGAUAAGAUAAUAUCCGAAAAUAAGCAAGGAUUUUAUCCGACAGCUCCUGAAAGUCUACUCGAGAGAUAG